GGUCAACAAACUGACUUGUGCAGAUAUCUAGAUUACCAUUUAGCUUCUGGUUAAACAAGCAUGCUUUCUAUCUUCUCUGACACUCUGGGAUGCGGACCUGUAUUGGGAACUUACUGUGGUUUAAAAAAGUAGCCCCUGAUGUGUGGUAUGGUACCACAUCUAGUUCUCUCCUCAACACCUGGAGAAGGCAAUACCUCUGGCUUGGAGCAGCACAGAGAAUGGAGGGAUCUGCAGGAUCCAGGUGGCAAGAGGAAAAAAAUGAAGAUGGUGUGAAAUGGAAACAAUUGGAACAUAAGGGACCAUACUUUGCACCGUUAUAUGAACCACUUCCAGAUGAAGUUCACUUCUAUUAUAAUGGAAAAGCUAUGAAGUUGAGUUUAGCAACUGAAGAGAUUGCUACCUUUAUGGGAAAAAUGUUGGAUCAUGAAUAUACAACAAAAGAAGUUUUUCCAAAUAUCUUCAAUGACUGGCGAAAGGAAAUGACAACGGAAGAGAAAAAGAUAAUCAAGCACCUGGACAAGUGUGACUUUACGGAGAUCCACAAGUACUUUGUUGAAAAAAAUGAAUCCCGAAAAGCUUUGUCCAAAGAGGAGAAACAGAAGCUUAAAGAAGAAGCAGAAAGACUUCAGGAAGAGUUUGGCUACUGUAUAUUAGAUGGCCACAGAGAGAAAAUAGGCAACUUCAAGACUGAGCCACCAGGGUUGUUUCGUGGUCGUGGGGACCAUCCAAAAAUGGGGAUGUUGAAGAAAAGGAUAAUGCCAGAAGAUGUAAUCAUAAACUGCAGCAGGGACUCUAAAAUACCAGAGCCACCUCCAGGUCACAAGUGGAAAGAAGUACGCUUUGACAACACAGUCACUUGGCUGGCAUCAUGGACUGAGAACAUCCAGAAUUCCAUUAAGUACAUCAUGUUGAACCCCAGCUCAAAGCUUAAGGGGGAGAAGGAUUGGCAGAAAUAUGAAGUUGCUCGACGCCUGAGGGGGGUAGUAGACAAAAUCCGUUUUCAAUACCGUUUUGACUGGAAAUCAAGGGAAAUGAAAAAACGUCAAAGAGCUGUAGCUCUUUAUUUCAUUGAUAAGCUGGCCCUGAGAGCUGGUAAUGAGAAAGAAGAAGGAGAAACAGCAGACACUGUUGGUUGCUGUUCACUUCGUGUUGAACACAUACAGCUGCACCGUGAGUUAGAUGGGCAGGAACAUGUUGUAGAAUUUGACUUCCUGGGAAAAGACUCUAUCCGAUACUAUAACAAAGUUCCUGUUGAAAAGCCAGUAUUUAAGAAUUUGCAGCUCUUCAUGGAGAACAAGGACCCAGGGGAUGAUCUGUUUGAUAGACUUAAUACAUCAACCUUGAACAAACAUCUUCAGGACCUGAUGGAUGGAUUGACAGCCAAGGUGUUCAGGACUUAUAAUGCAUCCAUCACACUACAGGAACAACUAAAAGCACUGACAAAUGCUGAAGACAACAUAGCAGCUAAAAUUUUGUCCUACAACCGAGCAAAUCGAGCAGUAGCCAUUUUAUGCAACCAUCAGCGGGCAACUCCUAAGACUUUUGAGAAGUCCAUGCAGAAUCUCCAAACAAAGAUUGAUGCUAAAAAGGAACAGCUGGCCAUGGCAAAACAGGAGCUAAAGAGAGCAAAAGCUGAUGCCAAAGUGAAGAAGGAUGUCAAGUCUAAGAGUAAUGUUGACAAGAAGAAAAAACUGCUGGCAAAGUUAGAAGAACAGCUCAUGAAGCUGUGUACCCAAGCCACAGACAAAGAAGAAAACAAGCAGGUCGCCCUGGGCACAUCCAAACUCAACUACUUGGAUCCCAGGAUUAGCAUCGCCUGGUGUAAGAAGUUUGGCGUGCCAGUGGAGAAGAUUUAUAACAAAACCCAGAGGGAGAAGUUUGCUUGGGCAAUUGAUAUGGCAGAUGAAGAUUUUGAGUUCUAACCUAGUAUUUCUGCAUCUAUUUUUGAAUCGUUGAGAUUUUCAAUUAUUAAACAACAUUGGGAGGAAUUUUGUACAAUGAAGUAUUUUACUAAAGAUAUAUCUGGUUCUGCAAUCUGAGUGUUAUUCCUGCUUCCUGAGUCUUGGUCAGAAACAUAACAGGGAGCUCCUUUCUGGUGUGACUGCUGAGGUCAUCAGCCUUUUGUCUUUUCUAGCUUCUGGGACACUAUUAAGUUUUAUGACAGAAGUCCAUCUCUGUUGUAAGAUUUGUCCUUUUAAUUUAUUGGUAAUAAUGAAAACCUAUAGAGAAAAUUCAAAGCCAAAUACUCUGUGUUUGUGUGUAAAUAGAUUUUUAGAUAUUAAUUGUGUUUCCUUUUUACUCAGUAGAGAUUUCAUGGGUUUUCUAAGAUGCAAAGUCCUAUAUUUAUUUAUCUAAAGGGAGAAAUUUAACAUUUUAAUCAUCCUUAGUCAGAAACUUAUGCAGUUCUGUUGCUAAGGAAACAGUCAGCAUCAUGAAUCAGCUGGGACCAGAACUCGAGUCUCCUAAUUCCCAUUCCAGAGCUUUCUGUUGUAAUAGUCUGUAGAUUCACAAAAUUAAAUCUGGGUGAGAUCUUAUAAACCAUGUAAACCAACAUCCUCAGUUGGGAAAAAAUGCCAGAGGGAAAGAAGGGAGACUCAGAUAUUUGGAAGAGUGGAAGGGACAGGCAGUGAAAGUUGUUGGCUUUUUUCAUGCCUCUACAGGGCCUCUUCCUGCUGCCUCUCCAUCUCCAUGCAUAAGGUGAGCCUGAUUUCACACUUGAAUCUCUAUCCUUUCAGCUCCUCAGCUUCUCAAAUUAGAGAAUUUGAAAAGGUCUCCCCUCCACACCCCACACCCCACAUCCUCAGCCUCUGGGGAAAGCAUGUCUUAAGGCCAGGAUCCCAUUUAUCCUUUGGGUGGUAUACACUGACCAUUUCCCUUCGAGGCUUAGACCUCUACCCAGAUGAGAAAGUAUGUCCUCUGCCCCACCCCUAGGGUUCACAUGAGCCACCCAGAAGACUCAUUUCCAUAGUGUCCACAUUACUACUCUGGCAAAAUAUUUGACCAAACAGUUAAUCAACAGAUGUUUAUUGGACAGCUGACUCUUGGCCAGGUUCUUUAGGGGAACAGUAAACAUGUAACACUUGGUCCCUCCCUUCAAGGAGCUCCCAGUCUUAACAAGGGUUGACAAGACAUACACACAAAUAAGAUAAUCACAUGCUCAAAUGCAUGGUAUUGACACUAAGUAUUUUUAGAAACUCAUGAAAAAUUG